AUGCGCCGAGUGACUUUUGCGCCGGGGAACCUUUGCGCCGCGACUUUUGCGCCGGGCGACUUUUGCGCCGCCACUAUCAUUAAAAAUAUAUCAAUAAACAGACCUAAAUACAGUCUAACCUCUGGGGCAGAAAAUUUCUUGCGCUUUAAAUGAAUUAUUUUGAUAUAUUCUUCCACGACUCUAUAUUUCUGCUUAAUUUUAUGGCUUAACAUUAAUCUUUCAGCUCUUAA